AGCGAGCGCGCGCCGCCGUUGUUCGCGUCGCUUCGAGCGCGCGCGCUCAGUUCUCGCCUCGCGGCCACUCCACGCGUGACGGGGGGAGGAGGUUUAAUAAGAAACCGCGGCGCCGUUCUAACACUAAAGACGGUCACAGUCACAGUGCAAAACGUUUAAAGGCAAACCGCUCGGUUAGUGUCGGCAUCGGAGGCGGCGACAUUCCCUCAGUUUUGAAAGCGUUUUUUGAAAAGUGCGCAGCGAAAGUUGUGAGGCAGCUGUUCUUAUCCCCCCCCUUCUUAAUUAAAGGGAUGUCAAAAACCUGAGAAGCGUCCGAGAUUACGCGGCAAGCCACCAAGUCCCCGGUGAGCGAGGCGCCGUGCUGAGAGCGACCGGGCGCGGCCCCCCUCCCCGCGCGUAACGAUGGGCCUCGGAGGGGCCCGCCUGCCGGUGCUGCCCCCGAUGGCCCUCAUCCUCCUGGCCCUGCUCCGCCCGACUCCGCUCUGCUGCUUCCCUGAGGACCCCAAGCCCAUCAGCGUCUUGGACGCCAAAUAUAGCAGUCGUUACCCAGUGUUUCUGGGCCACCGGGUCCAGGAGAACGACAGCAUUGUGGAGACCCGUUCACACCGCCUCGAUUACCAGCUCAUGUUAAAGCUCGAUCGUUUGCUGCUCGUCGCUGAGAGAGAUCACAUCUAUGGCCUCGACUUGGACGCGCCCCUAUCAGAUGAGAUAUAUUACGACAAGAGGCUAACUUGGAGGUCAAGUAAACAGGAGAGGGAGACGUGCUUCAUGAAGGGUAAACAGGAGGCGGAGUGCCGGAACUACAUUAAAGUGCUGCUCAGGAGAGGAGACAACAGCAUGUUCGUGUGUGGUACCAACGCCUUCAACCCCAUGUGCAGAAACUACCUGCUUGACACCUUGGAGGUGGAAGGAGAAGACAUCAGUGGCAUGGCAAAGUGUCCCUACGAUUCACGGCAGAGCAACGUGGCACUCUUUUCUGAUGGAAUGAUGUAUUCUGGAACGGUCACGGACUUUCUGGCGAUAGAUGCAGUCGUGUACAGAAGUAUGGGUGGGGGUCCUACACUGAGAACUAUCAAGCACGACUCAAAGUGGCUCAAAGAGCCCCAUUUUGUUCACGCUGUGGAGUACGGGGAGCACGUCUACUUUUUCUUCCGUGAGAUCGCCGUGGAGUACAGCGUCUUCGGCAAGGUGGUGGUGUCGCGCGUGGCGCGCGUGUGCAAGGACGACGCCGGCGGCUCGCAGCGUGUGCUGGACAAGCACUGGACGUCCUUCGUUAAAGCGCGCCUUAAUUGCUCCGUCCCCGGCGACACUCACUUCUACUUUAAUGAGCUACAGGCCCUGACGGACAUUAUCACCAUCAACGGCAGAGACGUAGUGCUGGGCGUCUUCACCACCCCUGCCAACAGCAUCCCAGGCUCUGCCGUGUGUGCGUUCGACAUGGAGGAACUGCUCAGCGUCUUCCGCGGCCGGUUUAAGGAGCAGAAAAGUUCCGAUUCAGGCUGGACCACAGUGCCCGAAGACAAGCUUCCCAAACCCAGACCGGGAUGCUGCGCCGGCUCUGAUUUUGCCGACGAGUACAAGAGUUCCUCGGACUUCCCCGACGACACCCUGGCCUUUAUAAAAACCCACCCGCUGAUGGAGGAUGCCGUGGGCUCCAUCACAGAGCAGCCUUGGUUCAUCAGAACCCUCGUCAGAUACCGGGUGACCCGCCUGGCAGUGGACCCCUCGGCAGGCCCACACGGCCGUCACACAGUGCUGUUCCUGGGCUCUGAGAUGGGCCUGGUGCUGAAGGUGUUGUCAUGGCCACCACCUGGACCCGACUCGCCUGGCAGCCUCCUCCUCGAGCAGAUCGACGUCUAUAACCCCAAACUGUGCAACAGAGGGGACAAGGAAGACCGCCGCAUCCUGGACAUCCAGCUGGACGUCGAGAGCCACGCUCUCUUUGUCGCCUUCUCCGCCUGCGUCGUUCGCUUGCCGCUGAGUCGCUGCGAGCGCCACGCCAGGUGUAGGAAGAACUGCAUAGCGGCACGCGACCCGUACUGCGGCUGGCAGGACGACUCCUGCGCCCGAAUCAUCUCGCACACGACGGAUCUCUACGAGCAGGAUGUGGACUUUGGUGACACGAAAGGGAUGGCCGAUUGCCAAGUGACAGAGGCGGCCCAUGGCGCUGCCGCCGCUGACACCGUCGGAACAGAGGCCCCCCUUAGGCCCCCGCAUGUGGGCCGGGUGGCACUCGGUCGGUCCUGGUCCCCUGACCGGCGCCGGCUCGACGCCGAUGACCUUGCGGAGGCGCUGCCCACGGGCGCGCUUCCCCCCGAUGGUGUUGUGCGCGAGACCCGAGUGGCGGAGAGCAGCUCGCUGGUGCCGGCGGCGCUGCUCGCCAUCUGCGUGGUGUCGGCGUUCGUGCUGGGCGCAGUCCUCGCCGUGCUCGUCACCUACUGCUACGUGGGCCGCCGGCGCCGCGAGCGCCACUCCAAGGCGCCCUCGGACAGCCCGCCCGGGCGGCCGUACGGAGCGCCGCGACCCCGCGACCUCCACCCCGCCGCGCGGGGCGUGCCGGCGCCGCCGCACAAGAAAAACGGCGUCCUCACGGGCGCCGCCUGCGAGGACGAGGACGGCGCCGCCCAGCGCAAGAAGCCCAAGUCCGAGCCGCUGCAGCAACAGCGGCAGCAGCAUCACCAGCACCUGAUCGCGCCCGUCGGCACGGCCCUGCUGGCGGUGCCGGGACACGACAAGCAGGCACGCGUGCCCAACGGAGUGCGCGAGCCCCCCGAGGCGUUGACGUCGCCGCCGGCGCCGCACCCGGAGCUGCCGGGGCUGCCGACUCCCGAGUCGACGCCCGUGCUGCAGCUGAAGAGCGCCACCGUGGGCAGCAACAAUAACGAGUACGACGCGGCCGCGCGGGGCUACGGCGUCCUCGUCGUCCAGGAGAGGGACGGCCACUCGUGCUCCAGCGACUCGUCGGGCCGUGGCUCCAACCGCCACUCACUGCAGCGCUGCCCGCAGCGGGUGCCGCGCGCCCUCAUCCUGCCCACGGAGCGCGGGCGCAGCUUCCUGUACGGCGACGUGUGCGACGGCGACUCGGAGCGCGGCGUUCGCCUCGGCGCGAUCUUCCCGACGGUCGAGUCUCCCCAGGGCGCAGUGGUGGGGGGCCACGGCUCCCCGGGAUGGGCGCUGCCCCGGCCGCCACCGGCGGGGGGAGGCUCCUUCUCGCCGCACGCAAAGAGGCCCCAGGACGUCCCGGACGUGGCCGCGGGCGGUGAGCGGGUGGGGAGCAGAGGGGGGGAGGUGGCCGCGGUGGACGGCGGCGGCAGCGGCGGCGUCGAGUCGCCGGACUCCUCGCACGAGACCCCGCCGCGGGUGCCUCACCGGGACGUGUCGCUCAAGCGCACGCCCUCGCAGCACACGCCGAGCCGGCGCGUUGACGUGCCCUCCUCCGGAGGCCCGAUGCUCGAGCGCCGACCCAGCACAACGCGCUCCGGGAGCAGCUCGGGGUCACUGAGCCGCAGUCACAGCCACAGCCACAACCACAGCCACCACCGGCAGCAGCAGCAGCAGCAGCAGCAGGGCUCCAGCAACUACAGCAGUGGGAACGGGGGCGGCGGUGGCUUAGGCGUGCCGCCUUGCACGAUGAUCGUGCCGGCGACGUCUUGCUGCAGUCCUCGGCUGGCAGUCGGCCGGCCGCCGCCAGCGCCGGCGAGAACAGACUCGAUACGGUCACGGACGGAUGCCGCCCUGGAGACGGCGCUGGCGUACGCCAACGCGCGGCAGCACCCGGUGUGUCGCGCCGAGUCGUGUCGCGUGCGCCCGGUAACGCGCGCCGAGUCGAUGCGCGCCGCCACCUAUCGGCAACAGCAGCAGCAACAGCAGCCUCAUUUGGCUUCUCCCUCAUCGGCCUCUUCCCCAUCGGCAUCGCUCAUCGGUACUGGCCUGCACGUGGCCACGACGCCGAACGGAGGAUACCAUUCUCUGCCGAGGGGUACCCACGGUAGGAGGGGGCACGUGGCCAGGGUCGCCAAGCCUGAGGUGCCACCCAAGCCGUUCUCCAACGUUGCUUCCCUGACAGUGGCAAGCCAAGCGGCCGGGCCCUCGCACCAGUUUGAGUAUUAAAUCACCGUGUAAGGGGUUGCGUCCGCAAGGUGUUCAUCCUUGUACAUUUAAACGUCAUGCAUUUUAAUAGCUGCGCCCGUUCGUGCCUGGGUGCGCGGCCUUUCGCGAGAGGGUCUCGUUGCCACCACGGGUGGCCCAUGUGCUGGCGUGGCGCGUAAGAGAGUGGGUGAUUUUAAACGGGUGGAGUGAAGUCGUUUUAAAAGUGCCACGUGACACCGAGCUGAAGGUCUUGCACAGCUGUGCUGUGCGCUUUGGUAGCGGGUGUUGCAAUCGAGCGGUCGACCGAGCGGACUGGGGGAAUUUGCGAAUGGAACAGGUCACAAAUGACCAGCCCCAUCACUCCCGACUCUGGGAACAUUUUGUAUAUUUUGCAGAUUACGUCAAUGUGAAAUGAACACGAGUUCAAAGAAAAUGUGCGUUCAGAAAAGGAGAGAAAGGACUAUUCCACGUAUAUAUUUUGUUAUUCAUAAUUGAAAAGAAAAAGCUAAAAAAAAUUGAAUAUAAAAUUUAAAAAAAUGUCCUUACCAUUCAUCGUCAAGUGUUCUAGUUUCUUUCAACAUAACCUACCAGAAGUAGAAGCAAUGAUUCAGUAGAAAUCUGCAAAAGCAGAGAGUAGCCGAUUUAAAAUCAGGAAACCGUAAACGUGUUUUUGUAUCGCUUAAAUUUGACAAAUACUGUACUCGGAAUUGUUUGUCAAACGUCUGCGUGCUUUUUUCCUGCACACUGAGGGUGACGCGUCGGCCAUCACCAUGGCCCCGGUUCAUCUGGAGGUGCUAAACCAGUACCGCUGCUUGCGUAGCGUACGCAGGCGCCCGUUGGGAAAGCGCAGUCGCAACUGGACACCACUGACACGCGUCCCUUCAUUUACUACUGUUUAUGUUCACUGGUGAAGUAACGCUCGAAGCCCAGAACAUCGCGCAAAACUGGGUUUAGAUGAGGCCGAGCUUAGGGGUCAGUACCUUCUGCCAAUCUGAAGGUGCAUUUGGCAGCUAUGUGGCGUGUGGUGAAGGUAGUGCUUGGUGCACAUGUCUUGCGGCAGCUAUCGAACGAGUAAUCAGACAGAGUUAGCGGUGGGGGGGGGGGGGCCCAGGGGGGUGCUAGGUUCUUGUACGCUUACACACAGUGUUUUUUUUUUUACGUGGGGAAAAAAAAACCCUCUAAAAUAGUGCAUUAGAAUAACUAAAUUAUUUUAAUCGAUGGUGCACUUAAUGCAGCAUUCAUGCCAGGUUUUAUUCCCAGGCGUACUAUAAAAUUAAUAAUGUACAGCUCUUCGUCAAUCCACUGAUAGCUGUAGGCCUCCACACGCCAAUUUAAUUGUGAUUUUUUUCUUUUUUACCAUACUUCACAAUGUUGGACCGUGGCAAGUUGGUGAAGGAGCAGUUGAGAUGCCACUCGCCACUGAUGUUAGCCGUGGCCGGGAAAUGAAACUCAAGUCGCCACCAUCGUCGCACGGUGCCCUGUUUAACCACUGCACCAGCGCCUCCCCCUAAUAACAACAACUGAGAAGAUAAAUGUGCAUCGGGUUUUAAACACACGACACCGGCCUGUUGAUGUUAGUCCAGGCGAGGUUGUAGGUGCAAGAGUGCACCAAAUUGACAGCACCGCACCUCCUUUUCUUCAUUGGGCAUUUGAAGAUUUCCUUAACAAAAAUUUAUAUUUUAACCUAGACGGUCGCCUAUUACACUGUUGUUUGCAAGAGAGGGGGCGGUGGGGGGGCUGGGGCCGGGUGGCGGGGGGAGUAGCUCACGCAGCCGUCUUAACGUGCGCCUGCGCACGUACGUGACCUGGUUGCAACGCUGCGCGGGUUGAGCGGCGCCCAUUGGUCCCCGCCGCCGCUGCUGCACCGGAUGAGCACCUCGAGCGUGUACGCUCCGCGCGUAUCCUUCGGCAAUUAACGCCUCCGUGCGUGCGCUGGUUUGGUGCGGCGAGGUGGGGGGGGGUUACGGUGCAAAAACCCGGCGUGGCGGCGAGACAGAGAGUCCUGGUUUCGCCAGUGGCCGUGUCGGUGUGGCACAGAUCGCUGCACCGGAUUUACCGAUUAACAGAUUCCUUGGCGGGUGAUGCGAGGGGUUCAUUUCAAUUAAUUUAUCCGUCCAGGAUACAGAAUGAGAUGCUGAGAAACAAGAAGGUUCUUGCUGCCAAGGUCCUGAGGGCAAUACAUUGCCGGUCGGGCUCUGUUUUCUCGCCCCUCUGAUGAUUAGCUGCCUCUGUCAUGCAGAUAAUUAUUCCGAUUCUGGGUAGCCGAGUGGUCCGCGUGUUGUGGCCAGUAAGCCGACGUUGCACAGAGCUAAUUGGUGCAUAUAAUUGACAAAUUGUGCGAUCUGCUCCAGGGUGGACCUCGUAAGAAGCUGUGACGGCAUUUGCAAGAGUACGCCAGCGUGUGCUAAUUAAAUGUGCGGUCAAAAUGACGAAACUUCACAUUGCGUUCAAGAAAAGAAAAAGCUGCCUUUCACGCAACGAAGGUGAUCAGAAUCCCCCUUUGCUGACGAGAGCACAGUUCAUCAAGUUGCUGCUUGUUGAGAAAAUUGAUUUUUCUUGACUUUGACACGGGGUGGCUUGGAGUGGAGUUUUACAAGUGGCUCAGGGUAAAUAUUUCACGUUUUUUGUGUUAUUAUAUUAUUUACAUCACAAGCACCACGCGAGGACACAGGAGGGUGCCUUGAUUGAAUUCCUGUGCAACGUUUUGCAGACGUAAAUAAAUAAAUAUCCCUCGAUACCUUUGGCAAGGAAGAGCCACCGCACACUGCCGCUGUUACCACUCCCAAUUAAUCGUUGGUCCAGUGUUAAAAUUCCCCAAAAGGAAAAAGUGCUUCCAUAUAAACAAUCCACACGUUGAGUAAUUAGACCACGGUCUCGUUUAAAUAUAUAUAGUACAAAAAUAAGAACAUUUUGAACAAGUGCGGAGUUGUGCGACCAGCGUGCGAUAGGGAGGAAGCACGUCCACUUUGGUGAUCGGCACCACCACACACCCCGGCAGCAUUUGUUGCUUUCUCCCCCGCAACAUCUGUGGCGCCAGGUGCUCAUUUGAGGCUGAGCUAACCUGAAGGGGGCCCUUGCUGGGUACUGAGGUCAAACUCUUAACACGGGUCACCGGAGUGUAUGAGCACAGUGUGCGAUAAGGAUCUCUGCAAAACACAAGACUUGCCUCCGUUAGUUCCAGGUCAUGACUUUAACAUUGAACCCUGCGUAACCUUGCAAAUUAUUUUGUAUCUACAUAUAUUUUAUUACUAAAAUCACAAAAGCACACAGUCCCACACCCAGACGUUUCACGUAGCAGCUCUCCCCGUGCGCGAAUGGAGGGACACUUUGUUUGUCUUCGCUUUAUUUUCUAUCUCGGGAGUUAAUUUCGUCACGGCGCGUAGUCCAGGAACUCCACCCCUAAGCUUUGCGAAAGGUCCCGAAGCUCACCCAACGCCAGCCUCGAGCGCGCGCGCCGCGUAUGGGUAAUGCAAAACGCUCGGCUCCAAAAAUUCUCAGCGCCCGCCUUUGCAUCGCUCAGCAGAGCCGCUACCGUAUGCGGAGCGCGGCCACCCCGCCCCCCCCCCCCCACACGCUGACGUAGUGGAGGCGUUGUGUGAGUGUUGGGCACUGGGAAGCCGGGUGAGGAAUAUUACGAGAUGACGAGGUCACAUGACCAAGUGUCCGUCGCAGACUGCACUCCCAAGUCGCCGCGCGUCUUGGCGGCGCGACACGACGUCGCCGCCGGUCCACACGGGCGCAGGAUAAAUAAUAAGCCGUUCCGUUUUAACAAAGGCGAGGGUUUUGUUUUUACGUAUAAUGCAUAGCUUUAACAAAAAUAAUAGACCCCCGUUGUUCAUGCGUAUGUGAUGAUGAUGAUACAGAGGCUUGUAAUAUUGUGUUGUCAGUCACUUUUUGUAAAAAAAAAAGAAACACUAGACAAAAAAUUGCACAGACUACUGUGAAAACUGACUUGCCCUUACAUUUGACUACAUUGCUUGAAGAGAAUGUUGCUUCCAAAAUGUUAUAACAUGAAUAUGUUUAUUUUUGCAUAUGAAUUGUGUAUUUCACCGUUUAUUUUACAAAGUUUCCUUUAAGCAAGAGAGGUGCAAUGUGCUUGCUGUAUAUAUGUACACGGUGUGCGUACACACGGAGCCGGCUUUUCAUUUGUGCCUUCAUUUGUUUGCUGUGUCGCACACGGAAGUGCCGCUUCACGGGACGAACGCGUGUUCUUCUGUUCACUUUCGUUUUCGUCGGCGUCCUGUGACUCUUACUAAUCGUUGAACGUGUUGGGUCGUUACUGCGUUCUUCCACGGACCCCUCCACUGCAGUGAGAAUAUACUUUCCGUGACUGCCGGUGGUGUGCCUGCUAAUCAAAUGCGCAGAUUAAAAUGCACAGGAAAAGUGAUGGUUUCUUGGGUGUUGCAACAAAGAAGAAGAAUGAAAUUAAAGCGAGCGAGGGAGAUUUCCCCCCCCCCCCCCCCCCCCCCCAGAAAAUGUGCGAUCCCACUUGGGCGUUGAUCUUCGCAGAGGACGGCAAGAGUGCCCAGCACACCAUGGUCUGUGGAAGUUCUAAAUGUCCUUUCGUCCGAGCGCAAGUUGUGGAAAUCCAUACUCAUGACAUCCACUGCCUUCCAGCACGCUGAUGCCACUGAAAAUAAUUGUAGUUUAUAUGUGGGAGAGACAAAAUAUAAAAUGUGUUUUUUUGGGGGAGGGGGGGGGGGUGUUUGUUCUGCUGAACAGAGAAAAACAAUUGCCGUUUUGGCUGGCAGUGUGGACCACAGAAUUGAGCCCCAUCUUGAAGGAGGGCAUCUGUUUGAAUGUUGAUGCCGUCCUCUUGUUUUUCAAUGAUCUAACAAAAUGAGUUUUCCUUUAAAUUCACUCGUUUCUAACUUGUGUAUCUGAUAAAUGAGUGUCCGCUAAGUUGAAUUUGAUGAGGUUCACCGUUCUCAAGUUCAGCACACUCGAGUGCAAAUCUUCCUUCGCCUUUUCACGUGCGUCGCGUUUGGCAGAUAUCACGACUUGAUGGGGAUUGCAAACAAGUGCUUCCAGUUAUAGCCACAAGUGAUGCUUGCAAUCACCUUAUUUUUGCCUGCAAACAAAGCUCUCGGCUCAUUUAACGCGGCGUAAGCUUACGCCACAUUAAACGCACCGAGGUGUGUGCAGUAUAUUGUAUCUGUGUCCCAAGUGUGUGGCAGCACGAUGAGAACAUAACGUUUCUCCAUCCUCUCCCAUACAAACACGAGCAGUGGUGUUGUUGCCUUUCUGACCGAAAUAUUUACUCCAUAUUUAAAGAGGUAAACAGUUUUACACACGCAAGCAAAAAAAAACGAAAUCUCGGCAAAUUUUUCCCCAUCACGCUCGCAAAAUCAAAUUGAGGUUUUCGAAAUCCCACGGCGGAACAUGAUCGGCCAAAACGCCACAGGUCCUGCGCACCGACUCUACCCUGACGUGCAGAACGGUGUCUUCAUUCUGCAGCGUGCGCGGGGCUGUGGUUCCCACCGCUGCUGUGGCAAAUGGCAAUUAGAAAGGGCAAAGUUGUUCUCGCGUGAAUCUCCCUGCGCUUGUCUGCCAGGCAUUGGUGAACACGUUCAGGCCUCAGAUGAUAAUGGAGCCUCUCAUUUCAAGUUUAUUGUGAGAACCACAUAAUAGGUUUAUAAUUAUUUUUAUUGGUGGGUUUUUUUAUAAAGUGCCUGCAUGUUUGUUUGGGGGUGGUCCAAUGAGCUGUGUGUGUAACAUAGUCACGUCCUGAAGCUGUGUGCGUCUACAUGUUAGGUUUUCCACACCAACACAAGUGCUAAUUAUGAUCGUACAAAGUUAAAGGGAAAACGUCAUGGAAAGACUCCAAAUGUCUCUUUUUCGAUAUGAGAACAUACGGAGGUCCAGUAACGUCAUUCAAACUGUUAAUACAUGUUAAGUGUGCUGGGCUUGGGCAGGCCACGUCACUCGAAAGGAUGAUGGACGAUGGUUACAAUGGAGUGGCAGCCGAGGAAUGGAAUGCGUCCCGACAGUACGUCCACUGGGGGAGAUGGAGCGGUAAAUUUGGCUCGCGUGCGGGUGCGUGGUGCGUUGGCAAAGUCGCAGGAUCGUGAGAGAGGACAGCGUCUGGGGCAGGCCUUCGUCCAUCGGUGGAUUGAUCGUGGCUGAUGAUUAUGAUGAUUAAAUGUGUACCCUAACGUGCAUGUUCUGGCAUAUCCCUUGUGAGGUUCAAGCCUCGUUAAUGAGAGCAAUGUACUGAUUUACACUCACGGGAGAGUGCAGCCGCAGUGGCGUCACCGCGGCGACGACGUUAUCUUUACAAUUAACGCCGGUAACGUCGCUGUAGCAGCGCGCAUGACUUUUACCUUAAUUUCUCUCUUUUCUCAUUAACGAAGCUUUGAGCUUCGUGUCUGGGCAGCCUGGGACGCGCAGCCUACGUGUGUAAGCGGGAGAUAAGAGCUAAUUUGUGCUUUGGGUUGCCUGUUCCUUUAAGUCCCCUGUUUUUGUGUUUUUUUUUUAAUCUGGUAACUUCUUUGUCUUGGCAGGAGCCUGCAGGCCAGUGGCCAGUCUGCAUUAAACAUCCUUAAUGGAAAAAUAUCCCAAAGUGCACACUGUUUUAGACAACAAACGAAAGGAAAGUGUCACUAAAGGUGGUUUAUUUAACGACCAGAAGAUUCCCGUUUGUCCUCGGUAGCCUGGAUGCUUGUGGUUGUUGUAGUCUUAUGAGUUAGACCAAUGUUAUGCAACACUGAAAGUCGACUGAUUUCUGUAUAGUAUCAUCGUAGAACAGCUGCUCCACAUUGGCAAAUGCAAAACAUUGGUCUCGGACAACAAUGCCUUUAGGUAUGAAAGACAUUUUUGCCCACCUUUUCCCCUUAUUAUCAGUAAUGAGAAUCGAGCAAUGAGUACACUUGAUGUCCUUAAAAAUCAGGAUGAUUGUACAAUACAUUUUUUUUAACAAAAUUUGGUAGGGACAUUACCCGGAGCGUGGUCACGACUAAGUUCGCCAGAACUACGGCUCGCCCACGUUUGUUUUCCUCUCUCCAUUCACUCAUCGGACUCGAUGACCGAGUCCAAUGACCUUCUUGACCCCCUCCCCGUGUGACGCACGCGUGCGCCAAUUGAUGCUUGCCCCCCCCCCCAUUCCACACUGGUGGUCGUCAUAACCCCACUCGGCCUGCGGGUAAACUCGCCCAGCCAUCGCAUCCUAUCCGUGUCUUCGUUGAACACAGGCUGCUAGUUUGGGGUCGGGGGGGGCGUUAUUGAACGUAAGGACGGUUUCUCUGUUAAGAAUGCGCAUUGCUCCUCUGAGUUACCGCCACGUGACGCAUCGCAGAUCCGGCACCCAGGUGCGUCCCUGACGCGCACAUAGGGGGGCUCUUUUGACAGCUGCAAAACACGCUGACAGGAAGGCCACGGGCUGGCGCUUCGGCAGCCAGAAGCCGAAACCAUCCGACUCGCGUGCCUAAUUAGCCAGACAAGUCGUGCCAUUACGUGGCACGUUAUGUACAGUAAUUGGGCCGCGUCCUGACGUCUUAAUUUGCCUCUCAAUAUGUUUCGCCCCACCCGCCGCCGCCGCCCCCCUCCGCAAGUCCCACCGCGUAGUGGGGAAGGACCUUCGCAGUCAGCGUCCGUGGGUCGUUGGCGAGAAUCCGUUGCAGCGAGCGACUCGUGAAGCGAGAGCGCAUUCGCCGUUGGGGAAGGAACACGCAGCUCGUGGCCUCUGGAGCGUCUUGCGUCCCCUUGUUCAGCUCACGCAGCAUUAAUCCCAAUACGCUAAUCGAGGAGGUGGGGGGGUGUGGGGGAUGCUGCGAUGGUGUAACGGGGAUAGCACGCUCAAAUAGCAGUCCACAGAUCGCCGGUUCUGUCUCCCAGCGCAGCAGUUGAAACCGUGGGCACGUUUCUCACUUGCGCCACCUACUUCUGUUCAGCCCUGAGUGUCACCAGUGCCCCACGGUAAAGCAGCAGCAGCAGGUCACUCAGCUGCUUGGGAUGCACAGCUCCCACCUUCCCGUCCGCAUUUUGUCUUUGGGAUCGGCUUCUCGGUUCCUGUGGAUAUUUUUCGUGCAGCGAAGGGGGUUUUUGUCGUUGUUAAAGUCUUUCCGACCAAUACACUUUACAAUCAAGAAUGGCCAGCGUCCUCUUGAGGGCCUGAAGUUGUACAUGCCCCUCCCCAGCCCUCGUUCCCCUUGUGUGCUGUGUACUGCACGCAAUGCAGAAUUUCCUCUUGAGGAUUUCCUCCAGUAGGAUUGGCAACUAGAGUUGUGUGGGUAUUCCGUACACAUCCAUCGGUCUUCUCCCCAGUGGGCUGUAAACUGGACAACAAUUGGCUUCGUCAUUUGAUGUUGCAAAAGGGGUAGGAGCGUGUUUGUCCCAGCAAAUGUCCCGAUCCCAGCAAAUGUCCCGAUCCCAGCGUCAUACGGUUUGGGAAGUGUGACUUGCCCUGCUGGGAGUGCGCGUGCCGAAUGCGUCAAGCAUCUUUUUAAAAAUAUAUUCCGGUUAUGUAUGGAAGUGAUUCUGAGGCCACAUGUUUUUUACCAUUCUAACAACCUAUGUUUUAUCUAAAAGGAAUCAAAUGUGUGUGAGCAGAAUUAGUCGACAUCUAAGUGUUGUGUAAAUGUCCCCGUGUCAAGUUCAAAGUAACGAAACAAGCCGCUGUGUGCAGGGUUGUGGCACGCGUCUCAGCGCGGCUCGAUUCAUUCCAGGAGGUUCAUUUAUUCCAGCCGUAGUAUUACGCUCAACCCGGAAUUCAGCGAUGCCCAUCCAUUUGUUUUACCCAAUAUUCUCCCUUCAUAUAAAAACACAACUGUGCAGUGCACUUCCUGAAUGGGGGGGGGGGGAGAGAAAAAACACGAUGAAAGGCGUGCCAUUGUUACACGCAACAACAACAACAACAAAGAAGUGAUUUACAAUCGUGGAAUUAAUUUGUCCUCCACGGAUGGGACAAAUGCGAGUCGCGACCUGAGCGCACGCGGGAAUCAGGAACGUAAAGGGGGCGGGGGGCGGGUAGCACUGCACGCGCGGCCCCGCGUAGGGCUCAUCUCCACCUGUCACCCCUCCCCCGAGUCUUACGAAGCGCUUUUUUUGUCCAGUAUCAACAAUUAAGGCCACGCGAGUUCGGAACAAUGGGGCCGGGGUACGCGUUGCUGCCGCGGUCUGGGUUUUCACACCCGCUCUCGUGAAGCAACACACGCACACACGCGCGCGGGGCGUUCUUAAUUAGCGCCCGCGACCUUCUGUUCCGUCCGACCUUGGCGUUAUCCGCUUGUUCGUGGCUAGGAGGGGUCCUUAUCACCCUGAGUCGAGGUGGGAGUUGCUGAUGACGGUGGAGGUGGUCUCGGCUGUGAAUUGUAACCUCUUGGGAGCGGGCGGUCGCGGAACGGAGUGGACACUUGCUGGCGAUUUUUUUUUCAACAAGAUCUGAUCACGGCCAAAUUACAUUUGUAGAUUUAAUCUUGAGAAUUUCACAGUGAUAAGGCUUGACUGAGUUCGAACGCUGUACCAGGCCAUAAUUGGAUGGUCAACAUUGACCCAGAAAAAUUGUGUGAUUUGGUUUAGCCUAUUUAAUUUGUUUGGCCCGGCUGAUAUGACGGGGAGGUUAACUACUUUGUUAAUCCGGCUAUAGACUCCGCUGGGGCUAUCCCUUGCCCCACAGUCCCAUCGUGAAUUGAAUAAAGAAUAGCAAUCUCAAGUGGCAUGUUCAUCAUCACGAUCCAUGGGCAAUAGGCAUCCACUGCACAUUUCCUCACGUGUUUCUACUUUCCUCUGCCUAGUGCCAAUAUGCUCAAGUCGUGCACCCGUUCACGUGAUGUUUACGCUUAAGUAGUGCAGCUUAAGGCAAAAUGUCACCGUGGUGUUUUCUAGAAACAGCCACUGACUUUCUACCACCCGGUCCACUUUGUGACUGCUUUGCUUAUAAUUAAUUGGGGCACGUUUACCAAAUUCCAUGUAUUAGGCCGCUCGCUACCUGCUAGGACACCAUCACAUCACUGGCCUAUCGCCCAACCUCAUCAGGUUAUUUCCUAAUCGCUUAACCUCAACUUGUCGUAACGGUGAACAAAAUAUAUCGAUAUGAAAUGAACCGCACGUGCACAUGCGAGAGUGAGCCUGUGAACAAGGGGACUUUGACCCCCCUCCCUCCCUCCCUCCCUUCUCCUCCUCCUCCUCCUCUGGUCGGCGAAUGCUGCACAUUGUCAUCCCGUAACGAGUAGUCGAUGAAUUGCGCAAGACCGUCGCCACUUACCGGCCCAUUCAAAUGGAAGGAGAGUAAAUAAAUAAAUAACGAGGCGCGGGUCAACCCCCACCCCCCGAACAACUCGGGGUCGGCCUUGUGUAUGAACACGUUAGCGGGGCUGUCUAUAAUUAACGAGGUGUUUCGCUUACGGACUAGCAAGCCGGAACGGAAUUUCAAUUUCCGCAUGGACUUACGUUGACACUGAUGCAUAACCGCUGUAUAUGGAGAGCAAUAGGCCUUACUUGUAUGCGCCACAGUGAUAUAUAAAUACCAUAGUAUAUAUAAAUGUGUGGUGGUAUCUCAUGUACAUGCCACGUUGUACGUGCGUGUGUGUGGCCGUGUGUGUGGCCGUACUGCCGCCUAUGAGGACCCCCCCCCCCGUCCCGAAGCGACGGGGCUCAACUUGCUGUGAUGUGUGUAUCGUGCUUCUUCUUCUACCUAUGGGGAGGUGGCACACUCGCCCGUUGAUCGUCAGACGCAUUGUGCAAAGAUGUUACGCAACAUUUUAAAUGGUGAAUAAAAACAACGAAAGCUGUUGCCGCU